CUUCGACUGUACAUUAGUCAAGCCUCUGAUAUUCAGAUAUCAGUCAUUCACUAAAGCUACUUCUACUAUUUUACUUUACUGAUGGACGGCCGUCACCGGCCCAGUCCGUUCCGAGUUGUCAGGACAGGACAAACUUCUUCCCCACUGGCUGAGAACGAACCCCCUCUGCUAGUGACCAACAUUAACACUAACUGCAACAAUAGGAGUCCAGCGACAUGAGAGAAAUAGAACUCGUGGCAAAGGACGAACGAAACAACGGUAAAAAGAAGAAACUUGACAAAGGAUCUUAUUACCAUUUCUACUACUACUACUACCGCCACCAUUACUACGACUAUAACUACGCUAACUGUGCUUUACGACUGACAAGCCACAACCAGCAUCACAGUAACAGCUAUGCCGAAGUCUUCGUGAAUUCGGCAAAACUUUACAAACUUAUUGACUGUUGCUCGCUGCUAGUGAGUUUGGUCUUUUGGUAUCCUACCAAAGGCACCACAGCCACUAGUACAGCAGCAGUAGCAACAUCGCUGCAGUUACCGUUAUUAUUUAUAUUAUUAUUAUUAUCAUUACAUUCGCGGACAGUCAGGGAAUCUGUCAACAUUCAUAACAAACCCAUAGAAUUCGACAAACAGGAAGGCCACAUCAUUAAGCGUUGCACCUACCGUAACAAUAAACCCGAGUAUUGGAGGUUAUCACCGACGUCCGUCGCCAGGUGCCCGGCGGCUUUUGACGGUGGUGACCUGGGGCUUGUCGGUGACCCUGCCGUGUUCCGUCGCUGCCUCCUCUGAGACCCUUCUUGAACUACCGGCAUUAGGAUGUAAAUGUUGCUGCGCUGCUACAGUGUGUGGUGGUUUAGUCGAGCACUGCCGCUCCAUGCCGAGUCGGGAGUUUAGUAAUGUGUUCAGAUGUGUUGAAGACAACAGCCACAGCGUUCCGACAAUUCAGUCAGGUCUACAACUCCAUUCUCAUCUCUGUGCUUCUCCUACUCACUUUUAGCCAGGGACUCGGCUGUAUGUCUCUACCUUUGUCCGAAUUCUUCCCGUUCAACAGUACAACUUACGGUUUUAAUACCACCGAAAUUUCAGACGAUGGCUCAUCGCCAGCUAUUAGGAUUACCAAUGUUGGCAAAGACGGAAAACAGCAUGGAUUUCCUCUCUUUCAGAACCAUUACGAAACUUUAUACGUGAACACUAAUGGAAUAAUAUCAUUCACUUAUAAAGAAAGUUCAUACACUCCUGUAGACUUUCCUCGGAAUAAUUCCUUCCCAGUGAUUGCUCCAUUUUGGGCAGAUAUUGACAUUGAACGUGUCGGUGGUACUGUCUACUACUUGGAAUCUAGUGACAAAAACUUGUUGGAUUUAGCCUCAGCAGAAGUUCGUAAAUAUUUUCCCUAUCGUAGGAAUUACAAUGCAAAGUGGAUAUUCAUUGCAACAUGGUACAAUGUUGGACAUUACCAGGCUAGUGAUCAUAGGAAAAAUUUGAGAAAUACAUUCCAAGCUGUUCUCAUUACCGACUGGGAACAAUCAUUUGCUAUUUUCAACUACAACAAAAUUCAGUGGGUGUCACGCAAGAACCAGACGUCGAGUGGCUCAAGAGAAGUGCAGAUUUCAGAUGCUGCAAUGGCUGGACUUGAUGCAGGAAACGGUGCUGCCCAUUACCAAAUCGAAGGAACUCGAUCUGCCCUCAAUAUCUCACAGAGCAGCAAUAUUGGUACACCUGGUAAAUGGUUCUUCCGGAUUGAUCUGACUGAUGUUCAGUUUGAACCUUGCAUGGACGAGAAAUUAUCAGUAACCCCAAGAUUCGGACAUAUGCUCGGUGGCCAGCCCUUAACUCUUUAUGGACUUUGCUUUCCACAAGUUGAAUCAUUCACUGCAGUAUUUAAGGAACUCAAUAUUACAUUCCCAUGUAUGGUCAAAGACAUUCUCAUAGCAAGCUGUGUCACCCCCAUGCUUUAUACCACUGGGGAUUUUACCUUGAAUCUUAACUUCUCACCAAAAACGAGUGCGUUUGAAGAGAAAUUUUCUGUUGUAAACUUUGCCAUGGCAGUACCACGAGUAAUACGCGAGCAACCCCGUCAAUGGACAAUUGGAAGCGAAGUUUUCAUAUCAUGGAAUGCAAGUGAACUUCCUUCUUCUAAAUUCCGUGUUGACCUUUUAGGAUUAGAGUUAAAUGGUAGUUUUUUUAAAUGGCACUUGGUGAAGAAUUUCCACAGCAUUAGUCAACACAGCAUGACAUUGGCUCUAGAAGAUAACCUGUUGAACUAUAGUACAGCUAUCAUACGAGUCCUUGAAGAUGACAAUCAGAGGCAGCUAAGUUUUCCAGUUACUCUUUGGUCUGACAUAUUUCCUGUUAAUGGUGGAGAGAAAAAUUCUCAAGAAAGAUGUGAAAAAUGGCUGGCAGAAGACCACCCCAAUUUAGAUAUCAACCCCAACAUGUGUCCAUGUGCGUUACGGCAAGCGAGCCGGGACACAAGCCGUUAUCAAAAAGAUCCCCUUUGUAAUACUAAUUCCCCAAACAAAGCCCUCAAUUGUAUAUAUCAUCCAAAAGCUACUGAAUGUGUCAUUUUAAACUCAAAGAGUACAACCAAUGCCGGCCAAUCGUGUUGCUAUGGUGGCAGAAACAACAGUUUGCUAGAGUGGCAGUCUCAUUCAGACUGUGGCUAUGUUUACCGAUAUAACAACCAAGCUCAGGGAGAUGGAAUCGUGCCGCACUUAACACAUUUUGAGUCAGAUAUUAUCCCAUUCUUACACUGCUGCAUGUACUCAGGAAAACAGAAACUGUGCCAGAAAUUCUUCCGAUGGAGACCUGCUACCAAAUGUAACGCUUACAAUCCUCCGUCACCUGCACAGGCAGCUGGUGACCCUCACCUGGUAACGUUAGAUGGCAAGAAGUAUACAUUUAAUGGUCUGGGUGAGUUCAUUCUGCUGCAGGACAAAAGCAAAUCUGUUGUGAUCCAAGUGAGAGCUGACCAAGCUCUUGAUAUUGAUGGUAAACUACAAAAUGCCACGGUGUUUACUGGGAUAGCUAUGAAAAUGAAAGGCAUAUCAGAAAUAAUUGAAAUUGAAAUUAACGAGCAGACUAAUUAUAGACUGCUGCUUGAUGAGAAAGAAUAUAAAUAUGAAAAACUUGAAUUUCAAGGACUGACAAUCAAUAUCCAUGAGAACCACGAGAACUCCACAGACAUAAUGGUUGUCUUCUCUUCUCACGAACUCUCUAUUGAAAUUGAGGUCACUCCUGACGUCAUGAAUAUUCUUGUUCUGAUGGGAUCAAAAGCUUUAAGAAACAAUGUAGAAGGGUUGCUAGGUAACUAUAAUGGCAACAUAUCAGAUGACUUCAGAGCACGAGAUGGAACCAUAAUACCAACCAGUUCCAGUAUGGAGGACAUCCAUUAUAAGUUUGGUAAUACAUGGAGGGUUGCAGCUAAAGACAGUUUGUUUUCCAAGUCCUACAAACCAGCAACAACAGAAGAAGACAAUUACCAACCAGUUUUCAUCGACAAACUGGAUGAAAACAACCUUCGAAACGGCACCAUUAAGCUCUGUGGGGAUGUAGCACCAUGUCGAUUUGACUUUCAGGUUAUUGGGAAGCCAUCAGUUGCCUUGGCUAUAAAGAACUUUGUGGCCAAAUUUUCAGCCCUCAAAAAAGACAUAGAAAUUGAAAUUCGAUGUCCUUCAAUUGAGUUCUUGGAGAAUGGUAAUAUGACCAUCAGUGGUCAUUUACCAGGCGAUUAUGCUUUGUUCCAGUGUGACCCAGGCUACACGCAUUUCCAUGCCCACCAGCUGCUCUGUUUAUCAAAUGGCACUUGGAAUGGCACAGUGGCAAAAUGUCUCAAAAGUGUUGCAAACACAGGACAACCAGAGGUCUGGUACUACUGGGCAGGUGGUACCGGUGCAUUGCUAGCCCUCAUCCUGAUAUUCCUAAUUAUAUUUUUUAAAUUUCGAAGACUAUCAGUACGUCAAACGUUCAGGAAAGACGACGUACCUCUACCUCCCAUUGUACGCUUCCAUAAAACACCACAACCAAUUUUCACAAAUUCUCUUUUCUUACAAAGUUUACAAAGACUACAUGAAGGAGGAGACUUCAGAAUUCCUCGACCGACCUUUAUAGACCCAAAAAUAUAUGAAGACUAUUUUUAGUUGUUUUUUUUAUUAAUGAAAUAUAUAUAUAUAUAUAAUAUAUCUAUAUAUGUUUGUGUGUGUGUGUAUAUUGGAUAUUGUGUUUGUCUAAUGUCAAAAUAUUAACCAUUUACAGAAUUAUUGACUUGAUCCUAUGAAUCAUUAAAUUAUCAAUUUUAUAACGAAUUGGAUAUUAAUUACUUCUUUGUAAUUAAUAUUUAUAGUUUUUUCUGUCUAGGUAGAUACUGCCUACCCAGAUACUGUCUACCCAGACAGUACAUCGUUGUUUCAUAUGUAUGUGUGUGCGUCUAAGCAUUGUCUGUAUUAUUGAGUAUGUACAAUAUAAACAUAUUAAUACCCUGUCUGCUCUGGAGAGAUAUAAGCUAUUUGUUGAGUUUGGUUUUAGAUGUGUAUGUUUGCUGGUUUUAUGUAAUAUUAUGGUUUAUUAUUUUUUUUAUUUUAUUUUUUAUUUUUUGCAUUCCUACAAAAAUAGGAAAUUGUGUAAAGAUUGCUUGUACAUAGUGAAUAGGAUAACAAACACUUCUAGGAAGGUUUUGUACAGCCACCCUCUCAGUGAGUCAACAAUAGUUUUGUUUUGUUUGUUUUUGUAUCUUGUAUCUGUGACAAACACAGUCAUCUCAGUAUAAGGCUGGCUGUUUGAAAUCCUACUUACUGCCAUACACAAACAUAGGUGCAGGAGUGGCUGUGUGGUAAGUAGCUUGCUAACCAACCACAUGGUUCCGGGUUCAGUCCCACUGCAUGGCAUCUUGGGCAAGUGUCUUCUGCUAUAGCCUCGG